UCCUUUCUGAUGUUAUUAAUUCCCCAAGUAUAGAUCAAAUCCUGCUUAGGGUAUACCACUUACAGGUAGGAAACACUACGAUUUUAGAGCAAGCAGUGAAAUAUAAGAACAGUCGAUACUUUUAAGGCAAGCCUGUUUUGAAGACAUACCUUUGAGUUGAAUUCUACUCCCAUCAGUCUGCUGUGCGUAACUCUGAUGUUUUUUGUAUGAUUACAUUUACAAGUUCUGUGGUAGACUCUUGAGCAGGCUCCCUUCUUCUAUGCCGGUGAGUCUGGAGAGUUACAGCCAAAAGCUCCGAGUCAGGAAAAGUAGGUGUGGCUUUUGGGGGCUGUGCCGCUCAGCCCCUAGAAUGUAGUUGGCAGUCUCCUCCCCUUCCUGCACUUGAGCUCUUCACAGUGUGCGCACUGGAAUGACAGGCAUUCCUGUGUGAGGAGAGCCAGCGUGAAGACAUAUUUGUAAGAACCACAAGUGCCUAGGCCAGGAUACAGGGAACAGAAACUCCAGCAGAUUAACUGACCUCAUGCUCUUUCCUGAUAUUUGGGAGUGACACUGAGAGAGGAGUGCCUGUCCCCUCUCUAUGUGGAUUUAUCUUUUAAGAAAAGUUUUCUUUGGUCCGGGACAGUUUGUUGUCGUGAGACACAUCAGACAAUUUAAUCAUGGGGCAAGCUGACGUCUCCAGACCGGUAAAUCCAGAUGCAGUUGAAGAAGCAAGCCAGCCCACCGCAGAUCCAGGCAUGGUCAUGGACAGUGUGGAAGCAGGAGACACAACGCCUCCCACCAAAAGGAAGAGCAAGUUCUCAGGCUUUGGCAAGAUCUUCAAGCCCUGGAAAUGGCGGAAAAAAAAAAGUAGUGAUAAAUUCAAAGAGACAUCAGAAGUUUUAGAGCGAAAAAUAUCUAUGCGAAAACCAAGGGAAGAGUUGGUUAAAAGAGGGGUUCUGUUGGAAGACUCUGAGCAGGGUGGUGAGGAUCCAGGGAAGUUGAGCCAUGCCAUGUUAAAAAAUGGCCAUACCACUCCCAUAGGGAGUACCAGAUCUUCUAGUCCAGAGCAAGCAGGAGAAGAGUCAGGAAGAAUAGCAAGUCUUAGCAAUCCUGUUCCAGAAGAGGACCCAAAGAAGCGACUAGGCUCAACUGGAAGCCAGCCUAAUUCCGAAGCAGAGUCCGUUCCUGAGAACGCACCCAGACAGCCUUUGCUUCCCCCUAAAAGACCCUUGUCCUCUUCUCACGAAGCAAAUGAAGGGCAAGCAAAGGCUGCCGCUUCCUCUGGCAGCACGGCAUGGCCCAUCUCCUCGGCCCCCGCUGCCGCCCCCACCACAGCACCCGCUGCCGCCCCUGCUGCUGUGAACCCAGCAAAGACUGUUGGUUCCUCCGUCCCCCCGUCCCCCGCACCCAGGACUCUGCCCACUGCUCUGGCUGGCGCAAACACUACCACUGCCCCAAGCCUCACUCCCGCGGUCCCUGCCAAGCAGCCGCCUGUCCCUCCCCCUAAACCAGCUCACAGAAAUAGCAACCCUGUCAUUGCUGAACUGUCCCAAGCAAUAAACAGCAGUACAUUAUCAAAACCGUCCCCACCCUUACCACCUAAGAGAGGCAUUCCAUCAACCUUGGUACCCGCCUCGGAGUCUGCCGCUGCCACCACCACAAAAGCACCGAGUGAUCAGAGAGAAAGGAACACAUGCUCUGUGGGCUCUGAACCACUGUUAAUGAUCCCACCUCCCUCUCCAUCCCCCCCACUGCCUACUCAUAUACCUCCUGAACCCCCGCGGUCCCCUCCAUUCCUUGCUAAGACUUUUCAAGUUGUGCCAGAAAAGGAGUUCCCACCUUCCUUAAACCUGCCCCAGGAGGUAUCCCAGCAGGAAGAUCAGAAAAAGGAAGUACCCAGGAGGAUGUUGGACCACAGCUUUGGGGAGCCGCAUGUACCCUGUAGGCUGCCUCCACUCCCACUGCAUAUCCGAAUCCAGCAGGCCCUGACCAGCCCACUUCCCAUGACUCCUCCCUUGGAGGGCUCUCAUAGAGCUCAUUCCUUGCUUUUUGAGUACAGUGACAACUUUUCUGAGGACAGCAGCACCCUGGGUCGGACCAGGUCACUUCCCAUCACUAUUGAAAUGCUGAAAGUUCCAGACGAUGAAGAAGAGGAACAAAGCCACCCAUCUGCAUUCAUUGAAGAUGCGGCAUCUACCUCAGUUGUUCCUAAACUACCACAGUGUCUGCAGGAGGAAGAGGAAGAGAAGGAGAGUGACUCUGAUUCAGAAGGUCCCAUUCAAUACCGAGAUGAAGAGGAUGAAGAUGAGAGCCAUCAUAGUGCUCUGGCCAACAAAGUGAAGAGGAAGGACACACUGGCAAUGAAGUUGAACCACAGACCCAGUGAACCAGAGUUGAACAUGAAUUCUUGGCCUCGGAAAAGCAAAGAGGAAUGGAAUGAAAUACGGCACCAGAUUGGGAACACACUGAUCCGACGGCUGAGUCAAAGACCGACACCGGAAGAACUAGAACAGCGAAAUAUACUACAACCUAAAAAUGAAGCUGAUCGGCAAGCAGAAAAACGAGAGAUUAAACGUCGGCUCACUAGAAAGCUCAGUCAAAGGCCGACUGUGGCUGAACUACUUGCCAGGAAGAUCCUGAGGUUUAAUGAAUACGUGGAAGUAACAGAUGCUCAAGAUUAUGACCGGCGAGCCGACAAACCUUGGACCAAACUGACCCCUGCUGACAAGGCUGCCAUAAGAAAAGAAUUAAAUGAAUUUAAAAGCUCAGAGAUGGAGGUUCAUGAAGAGAGCAAACGUUUUACACGCUACCAUCGUCCAUGAUGCUGAAGUCUGAGAGAGGAACUAAACAACUCCCCAACACAGGACUGCUUGGCUGCUUCAGUUUCCAGAGUGACGUGAAAGGAAUUUCUACACUUCUCAGCACAGCCAGGAUUGAGUCCUCUGGGAUGUAGUUCUGGGGCGAACAGCACUUCUAUGAAUGUAGCAUUUCACUGGAAUGGGUGGUCAUGUGCUGCUUUGGACAAAACUGAACACUUUUUCAGUGCUCUUGAACCUUGUAAUAUUGCAGCAUACUUGAGGGGUCUUCCUCACCAGCCACCCUCGCCCCAAGAUGACUGCCUGCGCUGGGGCACAGUUUGCACCAUUAGCCUUACCUGCUCGGUCCUGGUUGUGAGAUCCCCUUGUGUAGGUACCAAAUUCCAGCUGUCAAAUCCAGCUGGUAGUGGGAAGAACCUUCUGGAGGCCCCCAGCCUUCUGGCAAAGGGGCCCCCACCUCCAGGGCACGCCUCCACACCACACUGGCACGUCAGUUGAAAGCAUCACACUAUGCCUCUCAUAAGACAGCAGUAUAGUCCUCUUCAGGCAGUCCAGCCUCAGAGAAGCUCAGGAUCUGACGUGUUCCAACUUUUUGGCACAAGUCAUCCUAAUUUUUAUUUUUAAAAUUAAAAAAAAAAAAAGUCUU